CUGGACUUUUAUUUUGGUGUCUCGAUAUGACGUCAUAAGGCUGUGUCCCGUAUCAGCGUCUGUGAUUCGGUUGAUGCAAGAAAAACUCCUGGCGAAGCAGCAGAGAUUCAUGUGACACUAUUAUAAAGAUGGCAUUAAUUAAAGAGGAGAGUGAAGACGUGAAGAUUGAAGAAUUCAAUGUGAAACAAGAAGAUACUGAGGAACAAAUAGACCUGAGAGUGCUGAAAGAGGAGAGUGAAGUAGUAAAUGUAAUGGAAGAGAAAGAUCAUGAUUUCAUAACUGAAGAAAAACCUUUAAGCUUCUCACAGACUGAAAAGACUUCCCCAAGAAAAAGAGCUCAAAAGACAGGAAGCCCCAUUUCCCACACUACAGGUAAUUCAAGAGAGAAGCGCUUUAAAUGUCCUGAGUGUGGAAGGAGUUUUCUUAACAUGAAACGCCUUGACAGGCACAAAAUAAUUCAUUCCGGAGAGAAGCCUUUCAAGUGCCAGCAAUGUGGAAAGAGCUUCAGUCAUGAAUUAAGUUUAAAGACACACACGAAAAUCCACACUGAAGAGGACCCUUACACCUGCAAACUGUGUGGUAAAAGCUUCUCACAUCAAGGAAAUCUUAACUACCACAUGAUAAUUCAUACUGGAGAGAAACCUUUCACCUGCCAACAAUGUGGGAAGGGCUUCUCACAAAAAGGAAAUCUGAAGACUCACAUGCUAAUUCACACUGGAGAGAAGCCUUUUAAAUGCCAGCAGUGUGGAAAGAGCUUCAGUCAUAAAGUAAGUCUCAAGACUCACAUGAAAAGUCACACUGGAGAGAGCCCUUUCACCUGUGAACUGUGUGGGAAGAGCUUCUCACUAAAAGGAAAUCUGAAGUAUCACAUGAAAAUUCACACUGGAGAGAAGCCGUUCUUGUGCCAUCACUGUGGAAAGAGUUUCACACUUAAAGGAGGCCUUAAAAGUCACAUGAGGAUUCACACUGGAGAGAAGCCUUACACGUGUUUUCGAUGUAAGGAGAGUUUCAUAUAUCAAAAAGACUUGAUUCGUCAUUUGCAAACUCAUUCUGGAAAGAUAUUGCAGUGUUUCUCAGUGUGGUAAGAGGUUUAUAGAAAGGGCAAUUUUUAAAAACAACUUGCAGAUUGCACCUGAAAAGUGGAUUUAUUAUGAACAGUUUAAUAAAUGUAUUUUUCCAUUCCAUUUACAGAUACACCUAAAACACCGACGUUAUUUUUGUACUUUUAAAUUGUUCGGAAUUGUAAAAAAGCAAAAGAAAAUACAACUGUGUGAAAAUAAGGUUGCGUUCAUACUACAGCUGAAUAUGCACCAUCAGAUUUUCUGCUCAAAUAUGAUCUUUUGGAUGAGGCUGUGUAUAUGACAUUUUUAAUGUGGCCAAUAUCAGAUACAUUCUAAAUGGGUGAUAUGUCUACUUUAACAUGACUUUUAUUUACCACCUUUUUAUAAUUUUGGUUUUAAGCUUUUUAUUUUCUUUUGUUAUUUGCAUAUGAACACUUGUGGCCAUGCCUGACCAUUACACACAAACGAAUGGGAAUCGAAUUGCAAAGUUUAUGGUACAUAAUCUGAACUUUCAGAAUAUGAAAUUGAACUGGAUUCAUUAAGAUUUUCAAAAAAAAAAAUUGUGCAUCUAAAUAUACCAAAUGUAAAUGAAAAUUAUAAAUAAAAGGUCAAACUGAAAGAAAUAAUGGACAUUGCAUUGUUAUUUGAUUUUAGUCAGAGAACGCACAGGUAAAUAUUGGUUCAUCUAGACUUGAAUAUGGCUACUGUUGGCGGUCAUCUGAUGAAACCUGGAAGCUGCUUUUAGAAGUGUGUCACUGCUGACCUGUCUAAAACCUAUUUGACAGGCCCUAAACUGUGAGGAAAAAAGCAACUAGGUUGUUAUAAAUGUUAGGGUG